GAAAAAGAAAACACAAUUGUAUAGUUUAGGUUUUUUCCAUGUUGACCAUAUCAUCAGUUAUUAUUUUUAAUUUAUCAUUCAAUUUCAUAUACAUAUAAGGUUGGUUAAUUGGUUAUAGUCUGGCAUCCAGCAUUAAAAGCUUUUUUAUAUAUCUAGUUGUAGUUGUGCAACCGUACCGUUGAGUUGACAUCUUCUUACAUAUUAGCGUGUGUGACAUCUAUAAAUCCAAAAUGUCAAACCCUAGUUCCCUAUAUAUACUUGUUCUCUUCUUCCUAAAGCAUAUCCAAAUCUCUAAUCCUUGCACUUUCCAGCAAUUGAAAAAAAAACCCUCAAAAAAUGGAUAAGUGUCUACUUCUCUGUGUCCUUUUGUUUUCCUCUUAUAGUCACGUCUCGGCUCACUAUUAUCCAUCCAAAAAUACCCUAGUGUCAAGCGUGACCAAGAACGCCAUCUUACCUAUCUUCACUUUCACACUCAACACAAACGAAGAAUAUUUCAUCCAUAUCGCCGGUCCCUUCCUCGUUCGCAGCUGCAAUGAUGGUCUCCCUCGUCCCAUCAUCCCAUGCGGCUCCGCUACGUGUGCUCUCACUCGUAGACUCAGCCCCCACCAGUGUCCUCCUACUCAGAACACAAUCAUAAACGGAAGGUGUGCAUGUCAAGCAACCGCCUUUGAGCCGUUCCAACGUCUGUGUAACUCAAACCAAUACACCUAUGGAGAUUUUUCCAUGUCUUCCCUAAACCCUAGAUCUCCCUCGCUCACGUUUAACAACGUGAAGUACCUUUGCAUCCCCAAGCCGUUUCUCAUAGACUUCCCUCCUGGUGUUUUGGGCCUUGCGGGGCUUGCACCCACGGCUCUCGCCACAUGGAACCAGCUGACCCCACCUAGACUCGGGCUCGAGAAGAAGUUCGCGUUGUGUCUGCCUUCUGAUACGAACAAAGGUGCUAUUUUCUUUGGUGGAGGUCCGUACAAGCUCGGAAACACUGAUGCAAGAUCCAUGCUCACGUACACCCAAUUGAUCAAGAACCCUAGAAGACUCAACAAUUAUUUCUUGAGGCUCAAGGGUAUUUUCGUCAACGGAGAAAAGAUCUUGCUUGCCCAAAACGCUUUUGGUUUUGACGGCAAGGGUGACGGAGGCGUGACUCUAAGCACCGUAACCCCUUUCACUACGUUACGUAGCGAUAUAUACAAAGUCUUUACUGAAGCAUUCUCAAAAGCCACGUCGGAUAUUCCACGUGUCAAUAGCACAACACCCUUGGAGUUUUGUUUUAAGUCAACGGAACAUUUCCAAGUGCCUCAGAUCGAUAUGAAGUUUGCUGAUGGGAAGAUCUGGAAAGUAAUUGCCGCAAAUUCGAUGAAGAAAAUUAGUGAUGACGUGGCUUGCUUGGCUUUCCUCAAUGGAGGAGAUGCGGCGGCGCAGGCAGUUGUAAUCGGAAUGCAUCAGAUGGAGAACACUUUGUUGGAGUUUGACGUUGGGAGAUCUGCUUUUGGAUUUAGCUGUUCUUUGGGUUUGGUCAAUGCUUCGUGCGGUGACUUUCAAACAAAGCCAUGAGAAAGUCAAAUGAACUUGAUGGUUGACAUUCUCUUGUGGUUGUGUUUGUUAUUGAUUAAUGUUUUUAGAAUACUCGCUUCAUUUGUUUUGUAAUUUUCUUGUCAAGUGUGUGUUUAAAAAUAUUCGUCAAUAAAGAAAUUGUAAAAUUGUCAAAUACAACAGCAUGUUGGGCAAGUGAGACACCAUAACUGCACCAUGUGCUGGUAUA